ACAAGGUGAGGCGGUUUUAUAGUGCCAAAUAAUCUAAUAUUGAGAAAAUCGAUAACAAUUAACGGAAUUUAACCUCAGUUUUCGUUACUUCAAGAGCAGUUAGUUAUAUGACGGUCAUUUUAUUAAUAUAUGCAUCACUAAUUGCAUGUAAAAAUGGAUUCAAGUACUUGUCGAAUUUGCCUCAAUAAAAAGGCUUUUAUUUCAGUAUUUGACAAAGAAGAAGACGAUAUCCAAUACAGCACGAAAAUUAUGCGAUGUGUGAGUGUUGUGGUAGAUGAGAAUGAUUAUUUGCCAAAGUUUAUCUGUACGGAGUGUCUUGGGGAACUUUGUAUAGCAUAUCGCUUUGUUGAACGGUGUGAAGAAGCAGACAAGACGUUACGAGGCCUGUUACCGGCUAGCACUGAACCCACCGCUGACCUCAUCGCCGUGCUAUCAACCCCUAAUUACAUAAAAGAGGAACAGGACGACACUGAACAUUGUGAUGACCAAUCCAUUACAGAAGACGUGAGCGACUACAAAGAAAUUUCCAAACUUCAAAAGAAAACAACCACAAAAAAAUGUAAAAAGAAACAAAAGAAGAGAUGUAAAAAUGGCCCAAUUCAGUGUGUUGUCUGUGGUCGUACUGCUGCUUGUCGGUCAGCCAUGGAGGCUCACAUGCGGUGCCACACUGGUGAAAAACCAUUCCAAUGUGAUACAUGCAAUUUACGCUUUACUACAAAGGGUGGCUUGACGAGACACAUAGCAAAUAAUCAUUCUAAACGAGAACGUCGGUUUAUGUGUGAAACAUGUGGGAAUAGCUUCUUUACUAAAUCAGAUAUAAUCACACACAUGCGAAUCCACACAAAUGAAAAGCCCUACAAAUGUGCUGUAUGUGGUGCAAGUUUCAGACAAAUAGCAUCAUUGAUCAGACACAGACGCAGUCACAGUGGUGAAAAGCCAUUUGCAUGUCAAAUAUGUGGAAAAUGUUUUGCAGACCGUAAUCUUGUCAGAAAACACCAAAAUGUACACACCGAUGAAAGAAAAUUCAGUUGUCACCUCUGCCAAAAGGCAGUGAAAACCAGAACAGCUCUUAAUACGCAUAUGAAGCUUCAUUUGGAAGACAAACAGAAUAUUUGCAGUUUUUGUGGCAUGGCAUUUUCAAUGAAAGGCAAUUUGCAUACGCAUAUGCGAAGAAAACAUUCAGAGAAGGCAGGGGACUGUUCCAUAUGUGGGAAGACAUUUGCUAAUCUAGAUGAGCAUAUGAGGAAGCAUACUGGAGAGAGACCCUUUGGCUGCUCAGUUUGUGGACAUUCUUUUACUACAAAAAGAAGUUUAAGCCACCACAUUAUAUUUAAACAUGAGAAUGCGUCUAAAUUUAAAUGUUCUAUCGGGGAGUGCAGCCGAUCUUUCCCUACAGCAGUAAUGUUGGAGUUCCAUCUUCUGAAGCAGCACUCCAAUCAUACUCCCUUCGUUUGCCCGCAUUGUGCACGUGGAUUUUAUAGAAAUAGUGACCUCUCACGUCAUCUCAAAAUCAGUCACAUGGAAGUACAAAUCAAAAUUCCUAUGAAAACUAUGCCUGAAUAGCUUUUGAAAUACUAAUAAUUAUGUGUUGAUAAGUAGCUCAAUCAAAUUGUGAUGUAGAGUAAUAUCUAAUAAUAGAUAUUCCUAAUUCCAGAUUCAUACACCUGAGAACUGAUUUUCUAGUCACUUAUAAAUUAAUUUUAAGUAAUCAUAAGUAAUGAUAAACAGAGUUCUAUUUUUAAAUGUCUUUACUAGUAACAUCAAUUGUAUAGUUAUAAAAUAAAUAUUAAACUAGUAACACGUACCUA